UUAUGACGGGGGCGAUCGUGUCCUUGGGGUUCCUGUGCCGCUGGUUCCCCACGUACUCCUUCUCGCGAGGCAUCGUGAAGCUGGUCCUGCUGGCCAGGUACAACGCCGUCUGCACCACGGGCGGGGAACUGCUCAAGGCUGCCUGCAGUGACGGCGCCCUCUCCACCGACGACAGGAUCAUGCCCUGCUGCGAAGCCUUGCAGAAGAACGGCAGCGCAGAACUGCUCCAGCCGCUAGGGCCCGGCUACGAGACCGGCUUCUUCGAGGCAAUCACGCUGGUCGCCGAGGGCUUUUUCUACCUGGGAGUCUUGUUCCUGACCGACUCUCAGCUCCUGCACGGUAUGCUCUGGCACCUGAACCGGAAACUGCUGGGGACCAGUGACGACGACAACGACGGGGACCGAGGGCCGCGCCUGGUGGUGGCGUCCAUGGACCCGGAGGUGGAGAGGGAGCAGAAGCAGGUCGAGAAGAUCUUUAAGCUCAGGGAGUUCAAGGACGUCAUCAUGGUUGUGAGGGGCCUGACCAAGUCGUUUGGAUGCAUGGGCAAGAAAGGCCUCGAGAAGACCAGCUUCCUCCUGCGAACAAACGAGUGCCUGGGCAUGGCGGGCCUGAACGGUUCUGGCAAGAGCGUCCUGAUGAAGCUCCUGGCGGGCGACCUGACGGCCACGGGGGGCAACGCGUACAUGGCCGGACUCACGCUCAGCGGGGACCUUCGCCGUUGGCAGAUGGCCAUCGGCUACUCGUGUGACGGCCGCCUCGGGCUCGUACCCGUGCUCACCGGGGCCGAGAUGCUCGACCUGGUGGCCAGGCUUCGGGGCAUCUCUCCGGUCGCCAACCGCCGACUCGUCGUCUCCAGCACGCUCCUGCUGCUCAGCCCGCUUCAGGGGGACAAGCUUUGUGGCGACUACACGCUGUCCCAUUGCGAGGAGCUGUGCGACCGGGCCAUCGUCCUGGAAGACUGCAAGAUCGAGACUAUGGGGGACUACGACCAGAUGAACCACAAGUUCGGUCGUUGCUACAUGAUCAAGAUGAGGCUGCCCGCCGACCGUCGGGCCGACAGGGGCCUCCAGCGGCAGCUCAUCGAGCUCAUGCAGGAAGAGUUUCACCAGUGCGCGCCUUGCUACAGUUACAAGGUACCCGUUCCUCCCUAA